AUGGCUGCUCCCUAUCCGCCCACGACCAUGACCGCCGAGUUUCGCAUGCCGAUUCACCAGGGACCCCCCGCCCGAAAACCCAUCUCCCACCCGCGUGCCGGAUACGCCUAUCCGCCUCAGGACCCGCGACGCAAUUUCUCCUCGCAGUCUGCCUACCCACCACCCAGCCACAGCCACACUCGCACCACAUCCUCCAACGUCCUUCCGGGUGGUGUGGCGCCCUCGCCAUACGGAGCGGUUUCCGGUGCUCCCACCAUGCAGCACCCCAUGGGACCCCCAGUCGGCCUCCCUCCCUCACGCCGUCUGUCCAGCACCACCACCUCGACCAAUUCGACCGGCCACAUGACCCAAAGCGGAUUGGAUAUUCGACGCAGCGCGUCGAACCGCUCGGCCGGCUCUCAACUCGGCUACGUGGCGCUCAUGCGGCGACAAAAAGCAACCGUGUGGUGCGAUCGCGCGCAACCCGAAGAUGCCCGGAUGCGCGAGCAAGCGCUGCGAGACAAGAAGAGAGCGUAUCUGGAGGUGCAUGGAUCCGGUCGCGCAUCCACCAUCGCGAGCGGCAAGAUUCGACAUGGUACCAAAGCCGGAAUGGACUUUUCCCCAUCCAAUCUGGUUAGUGCAAGGGUGCCGGUUCGCCUGAGUGCCAACGAGAUCGGCGAGGAGGAGGACGAUGCGCGCAGCACCGAAGAACGCAUGAUGCACCGCAGAACGGGCAGUGGCCGGAGCUCCCUUGGCAGCAACCGAGUCUCCAGUAGCUAUCAGCGUCCGUCAGGGACCAUGGGCAGCAACAACACUCCUCCCAACGAAAAGUCAGAUCUUCCAGGGGUGUCGGAGAACACCUCGGGCGAGAAAUACGCCGAAGAGAAAAGCCGACUCUCCUCCCUCAAAGAUGAUGCAGCGACCACGCACACCACCAACAGUAGUGAAAACGACGUCGUCCCAGAUAUGGAAGCCCCGACUGCGGCGACCAGUGCUGCUUCCAAGGCCAAAAAGGCUGACGAUCUCCGACGACGUGGUAGUGUCGACGACCGCACAACCUCUAUGACCAACGUACGACUAUUUGUGGCCAAUCCGGAUCUCAGCGAUUAA